AUGGUCUCACAUCAGAAAAUGGGAGGCAUGACUUUCUGCGCGACCCGGUAUAUGUUUGCCUAUGCAUUUGCAUGCAUGGGAUCAAUUUUUCGUAUUCAUUCUCGUAAAAAAGAUUGGUCUAUCAGAGUAUGUCUCGAGGAAGAGAAGAAGACAUAUUUUCCGUUGAGCAAGAUUACGCUUUAUCUAAUAGAAUACAUUAAAAUCUAUCUAUCUAUCUAUCUAUCUAUCUAUGCUUUAUCUACUGGGAGAGACAGGAGAAAUAGAUCAACAGCUAUUCCUGCAUUUAAUCUAUUGAUAGAAAAAGAGAAAAUGAAGGAUUUAUGUAUAAACAUCAACAGAGAUAAAUGUAAGAUCUACCUGUCUAUCUGUCUAUCUAUCUGUCGAUCGAUCGAUCUCUUCAUCGAGAGUGCCCAAGAAAGAUAUGUAAAAGGAAGUAAGAGUAAUGUUCAACUAAUAUUGAGAUAUGCAGGAUGGAUGGAUGGAUCUAUCUAUCUAUCUAUCUAUCUAUCUAUCUAUCUAUCUAUCUAUCGUAUUCUAUCUUUUAUCUAUCGGUUUAUCUUAUUCUGUCUCUUAUCUAUCUAUCUAUCUAUCUAUCUGAAUAACUGUCUUUUCGUAAGUACAUCUACGCGAUCUAUCAGUAUCAAUUACAGAAUCGACCAGAAAAGAAUUGGAAAAUCUCAAGAACAUCAUAUUUCCUUUCUUUUUUUUGUUCUCUCUCUCUUUCUCUUUCUCUCUCUCUCUCGGAAAAUUCCCACAUAUUUCUUUCUUUCUUUCUUUCUUUACAUUAUCCUAUUUGAAAUGAAAUUUUCUUCACUCUUGCUGUUUGUAUCUCUUUUUCACCGUCCACUUUGCUUUUUUCCCACUUUUCUCGUCUUUCUCUCUUUCUCUUUACUUUUCUUUUUAUUUUCUCUUUCUUCUACUUACAAAACUCUUUAA